AGAUCGUCGUGGGGAAGACCGAUCCGCGCGCUCUCUGGCAGUCGGCCCUGACUGGACGGCCCAGAGGGACAGCCGCGCCCGUACGGAGGCCGUGGAGACGCGCCCCCUCCUUCCGAGCGGAGAGCCGGGGCGUCACCUUCGCCAGCCUCAAGGCUCCCCACAAGGGCCGGGGGGGGGGGCAGGGCGAGGCCACCUUUUCGUUCUCUUCCUACCGACUUCCGGGUGGCCCUGCGGAGCCCCGCGACUGUCGGGCGCCUCCGCGCUCGUGGGAAGGCUCGGCCCUUCCCGGGACUCAGACGACCGCCUUGCAAGGCAGCGGGAGCGGCACCCGUCAGGCCCGGCCCCGCAAAGGCCCAGUGCCGAGCGAAGCCUUCGAGGCCGCCCAGGCUGCGUCCGGGCCUCUAGAAGGCUGUCGCCGGCCGCGCGGGUUCCCGAGAGAGAGGGAGGGAGGGAGGGAGGGAGGGAGGGCGAUUCCCAGAAGCCCCCGGGCGAACGGCCGCGCGAAAGGCCGCAGGAGCUCCGAGUCUCCGCGGGCAGAGGCGCGCGACUACGGUUCCCGUCGUGCCCCUGGGCGGCUGCCGGAAGAGGCGGUGGCGGCGCUUCCGGGGAGGGGGCUCGAGGGGCUUCCGGUUCCGGCGGCGCGAUGGCGGCAGUGCCGGGCUCGGCCUCCGCGGCCGGGCUGGUUGUGCUGGCCUCGGCGCGGGCGUGGGUGCCGCGGCCGCCGCCGUCCUCGCCCGCUGUCGCCGCGCCAGGCGGCCGGGACACGCAGCGCCUGCUUCGGCUCCAGCUGAGCGCGGCUCCCGGCCCCGACCGCUUCCGCCUCGGCCUGCGGGGCGGCCCAGACUCGGGACCCGAGCCGAGCCUCGUGGAGUACAGCCUCAAGGAGAUUUCCUAUGAAGUGAAGACCAACACCUGCCACGAGCUGAAGGUCUUGGCUCGGCCGGACGACCCCGUGGUCUUCCAUUUCGAGGAUGAGCAAGAGGCCCAGAAGUGGUGGACGGUGGUUAGCAGCUCCCUCUGGGAAGUGCACAAAGCUGCAGAAGGAACCAAUGGGCUCACUGGACGGCCCCCUCCCCAGCCUUUGGCUGCAGUGGCCUCUCUUUCUUUGGAGGUUGCAAAGAAAGAAGACUUGGCACUCCACCUUUCUGCAGCCAUUGAGCUUGGGGAUGAGGAGGAGGCCAUGCGGUGUGCCUCCCUGCUUGCGCAGCAGCACACUGCCCUGCGCAUCCUGCUGAAGGAAUCCUGCUACCCUGCAAGCCAGAUCAGCAUGAAGGUGCAAGUGGAAGAUGCCUCCUGUUCUGCCAGCAUCACCGCCCGGGUCCAAACACACACCACAAUCGCCACCCUCAGGCAGCAGGUGUUUCAGGAUUAUGGAUUCCACCCCAGUGUCCAGCGCUGGAUUAUCGGGCAGUGCCUAUGUGUGGACGAUCGAACGGUGGGGUCCUAUGGCAUCCGGAAGGAUGGCGAUACGGCCUUCCUCUACCUCCUCUCAGCCAAGGGAGCCAACCUCUCUGAGCAGCGUUACAAGGAGGACAAGGACUGGGUGGUGCUUCAGCCUCCCCCCUCAUCGCUCCCUGGCAGCAGCUCUGACACCAGGCACAAAGGCAGCACCAAUCCUUUGCUGAAGAAAGGUGGGAAAGAUCUCAACAAGAAGAUGGAUGCUGGGGAGAACACUCACCUCCUGGACUCUGUGCAUCUCAGCAAAACUCUUCCAUGUCGUGCUCAAGCCCCCACAACCACAGCUGCUGGCCCCCCCUCUCCUGUGCAGGCUGGCUGGCCAUGCCCUACCUGCACGUUCAUCAACAAGCCCACCCGCCCUGGCUGUGAGAUGUGCAGCACUGACCGCCCAGCUGGCUAUGUGGUUCCCGUUAGCUACAGGCCGGAUGAGCUGGAGCUGUGGCGGAUGCAGCAGGAGAAGGAGGGGAUCUUGCAGUACCAGAAGGCCCUGGAGCAGGAACGGUUGCAAAACUUCCAGCAGCUGUGCCAGCUGGAGGAAGAGGCCCUGGUGCCCAAUCAGCAGGAGAUGGAGUGCCGGAUCUGCUACCUGACGGUGGAGCCUGGGAACGGCGUGCUGCUGAGGGAGUGCCUCCACAGCUUCUGCAGGGCCUGCCUGCGCCAGCUGAUCAACUGCAGCCAGGACCCCCAGGUGGCGUGUCCCUUUCGGGAUGAGGCCUACGCUUGCAGCAGCCACCUCCAGGAUAGGGAGAUCCGGGCGCUGGUGGCCUGGGAGGAAUACGAGCGCUUCCUGGAGCGACGGCUGGCUGUGGCGGAGAGCCGUGCCCAGAACAGCUACCACUGCCGGACUGCCGACUGCCUGGGUUGGUGCAUCUACGAGGAUGAUGUCAACGAGUUCCGCUGCCCCAUCUGCUGGGCUCUGAACUGCCUCAUCUGCAAGGCCAUUCACGAGGGCAUGAACUGCAAGCAGUACCAGGACAAGUUACAGUCUCAGGCUCACAAUGACGCUGCUGCCCGGGAGACCAACAACAUGCUGAAGAUGCUGGUGCAGCUGGGAGAGGCCAUGCAUUGCCCUGCAUGCCACAUCGUGGUGCAGAAGAAGGGCGGCUGUGACUGGAUCCGAUGCCCCGUCUGCCAGACCGAGAUCUGCUGGGUGACCAAAGGGCCGCGCUGGGGGCCGGGGGGCCCUGGUGACACCAACGGGGGCUGCCGCUGUAAUGUGGAUGGAGAGAGAUGCCACCCACUGUGCCAGAACUGUCACUGAGCGUUUGCCAAAGGGAAGUGUGCAGACAGGACCUGUGCCCCCGUCUCAACAGCACAACCCUGGAUGGGGCUCCACCUGGCCACUAGGCUCAAGCCUGCCUUUGGGGGGGGGGGUACAUUGUGUUUCCCUACUUGACUUCCCCCCCCUUUCUGGACUUCUAACCACACGGGGGGUGAAAACAGGCCACCUUUUGCAGCUCUGGUGGAUGCUGUAGUGCCUGCCCAAGGCCUGCUGCUGAGCAUCCAGCUCAAAAGGGAGAAACCAAGGGGUGGCAUGCCUUCUGACUCCGCUUGCAAGGGAAGAGCCAGAAAACAGGUUAGUCUCUCCCACCACCUGCAUGAAUUACUUGAUUCCAAAGCACCCCCCCAAAGGCUUUAACUGACCCUUCAGGGCAACCAAGGCACAACUAUUAAACUUUAAGAGAGCAAAACCAGAAAGAGAGAGGAGAGGCUCCAGCUGUACGUGCUGCACAUGAGGAGGCACCCUUCCCAAUA